CGUCGGAGAAGUUGUUUUGCGUUGACGAUGCCGGGCUACGUGUGGCCGCUUUCGUGACUGUGAUGUGUUCAGCGUCUCCUAGUUCGCCCGCUUUGAACUGUGAACAUCGUUGACGUGUGCCCACUCACGGCUGGCCUUUCAAAAUGCACACUUUAAUCGUACUCGGCAUCAAUCUGACGAUGUCGACUGUUGCUCAUCUGGUCACGCUAGACUUAAUACCCCGUUUCAGAGAGAUGUUUAUCAAAGCUGGACUAUCAGGGGUCGACAUGAGCAAAACAACCAAAGCAAAAGUCCCAGAAUCCGCUGGCGUGAUAUCGGCGACAGUCUUCUUAAUUACCGUGUUCCUAUUCAUCCCUGUGCCCUUCUUCAACUAUCUGACGGAAGCCUCAAUCUUUCCACACAGUGAUUUUGUCGAGCUUCUGGCAGCUCUCCUGUCCAUCUGCUGCAUGCUGCUGCUGGGCUUUGCGGACGACGUGCUGGACCUCAAGUGGCGGGACAAGCUGCUCUUGCCAACGUUGGCGUCGCUGCCAUUACUCGUCGUCUACUACGUCACUUUUAACAACACGACGAUCAUUGUGCCCAAGCCCUUCCGCUUCGUACUUGGCAACGACCUUUGGCUCGGUCCAUUGUACUACAUAUACAUGGGAAUGCUUGCCGUGUUCUGCACAAAUGCCAUCAACAUUCUUGCUGGCAUCAACGGUCUUGAAGCUGGCCAGUCUGCUGUCAUUGCUGCUUCCAUCAUAAUUUUUAAUCUAAUUGAAUUGUUUGGUGAGUAUCCAAGGGAGUACUUCGAGACGCUGAAAAACAGCCCCGAGAUUCCAUUCGACGCGUCCAAGAAGCCUGCUCAGGGUGUUCUGAAGGCACGGCUCUCACUGCCAUCCAGUACACCUAUUUCGUCUGCAAAGAAGCGUGUCAGGGCAUCUGAUGUCUUUGGAUCUAAUGACAGUCAUUUGUUCCGCAAAAAGCGUCCCAGUGCAUCAGAUUUCUUCUAG